AAAAUCUAUGCAAAGGUUAUCAUCCCUAUUAAUAGGAUUUGGGUUAGGAAUAAUUGGAAUGAGCCUACUAUACGAUCCUUGGGGACAAGUAAUUUACAAAGUAAUAUUAGGAACGAUUUGAAAGGACAAUAAGAGAAACAGCAAGAUUAGAAAACUCAAUACUUAAUAAUGUGGAUGUUUAUUUAUAGAUGAGAUUGAUUCUUGGAUAUAUAUUGGUGGCUUGCUCAUUUAUAACAAUGAAUAGGUACAUUUAAUCAUUAUGAAAGAAUUGGUUUACUCUAUGUACUUUCAAUUCCAGCAUUAAUAGUUUAUGCAGCAAUUAAUUAUAAUCAUGUGUUAUAUAAAUCUGAAAGACUUGGAGGAGAGCAAACGAUAUAAGGAGCCUUAUUUUAUUUAGCAUUUUGUUUUGCUUUAAUUGAUGCAUUAAUAAAGCCUAAGAAAGUGCCAUAACAAAAACCACCCUAAAAAAAAGUAGAUAAAACGAAAAACGAUUGAUUUAUCAUUAAAAAACAUGUAUUUUCAAUUAAAU